ACCAUUUUCUUCCUCUCCUUCAUAAUUGAUUUAAAAAUAAAUAAUUUUUACAGAAACAAAAAAAUUGCAGAGAGAGAGAGAAGGAGAAGACGACAGGAGAGAGAGAGAGACGACCAUUUUGUCAAUAGACAGAGAGAGAGAGAGAGAGAGAAGAAGAAGGAGAAGACGGAGACAACAAUGGCGGAAGAAAAUAGGGAGAAGAAUGAAGGAGAAAGAGAAGAAGAGAGCGUUAAGGUUUUCGUCGGACAAAUUCCAAAACAUAUGUCGGAAUCUCAACUCCUUGCAUUGUUUCAAGAGUUUGCUGUCGUCGACGAGGUUAACAUCAUCAAGGACAAGAUCACACGCGCUUCUCGAGGAUGUUGUUUUGUAAUAUGUCCAUCGAGAGAAGAAGCAGAUAAGCUGGUCAAUGCUUGUCAUAACAAGAAGACGUUACCUGGUGCAGCCAGUCUAUUGCAAGUAAAGUAUGCAGAUGGCGAAUUGGAAAGGCUAGAGCACAAGCUUUUUGUCGGCAUGCUUCCAAAGAAUGUCUCUGAAGCUGAACUUCUAUCUUUGUUCUCCAAGUACGGGACGAUUAAGGAUCUACAGAUUCUUCGUGGUGCUCAACAAACAAGCAAAGGCUGUGCUUUUCUUAAGUAUGAGACCAAAGAACAAGCUGUUUCUGCCAUGGAAGAAAUCAAUGGAAAACAUAAAAUGGAGGGUUCAACUGUUCCUUUAGUGGUCAAAUGGGCAGACACAGAAAGGGAGAGACAUACAAGAAGACUUCAGAAGGCGCAGUCACACAUGGCUCGGUUAGCUAACACUGAUCCUACAAACCCCUCAUUGUUUGGAGCAUUACCCAUGAGUUAUGCUCCACCGUAUAACGGAUAUGGUUAUCAUCAAGCUCCUGGAACUUAUGGUUACAUGCUACCACCAAUUCAGAACCAAGCUCCAUUACCCAACAUAGGUAAUAGCAACCCGUUGCAAAGAACCUCACCUGACUCUGUGCCACCUCGCUUGGCCCGUAGAAGCUUUCCUUUGCCACCAGCAAACUACAUGGGCUCUGGUUAUCCCCCUGUUCGUAGUCUCCCUUAUCCAUUGGCUUAUCCCAGAGGUAUUAUGAAUCCUCGCCCUCUAAGUAGCUCUCCUGGAUCCUUGUCACCUGGCGGGUCAACACCUUUAGGAAUCGGUUUGAGUUCCGUGGUUCAAACUCAAACAGAAGGUUUUGUUAGUUAUGACUCGCAAGCAGCCGCUCAGAACGCUAUUAACAUGAUGAACGGUCGCCAUUUAGGCGGUAAGAAACUGAAAGUCCAGGUUAAGAGAGACAACAACAAUGGUCAACAGAGUAGUUAA